AUGCACUCCAAAGACAGGGAUGUGGCCAAGACGCCAACUGAACUCAGUAGAUAUGACACCAACAAGAGUUCCAGCUUUCAUUCCGAGGAACGAGAAUGGAAUAAAGAUGGGGAGGUUAGUUGGGCGGUACUCUCUACUUGGUGCUCAGCAUGCAACAAAGAGUACGGGGAAGAGUUAGAUAAGGGUGCUUCGCGCAUAUUGUACAUCACGGCUAUGCUGCGUCAACACUGGAUAAUGGCAGGAGAAGAGAACAGAACCCCGCGGGGAAGAGCGGAAGCAAUGGAAGUAAUCAGACAAGCCAGAACGAGAUUUGACGGCCAAUACUACGAUGAAUUGCGAAUUUACAAUAUUGCCGAAAACGAGUUUUCACACAUAAACAAAUUGGAGAGAGCGCUAGGCGAACACAUGACGAAGAACAAGGAGACCAUGGUGAGACAAGAGGAUAGAUUUGGAGCAUUUAUAUCGGAACAACAAUCGAAAAUCGAUUCUGGCCAAGCUUACGAGUCGGCCUACGCCUUAAAUAGAGAUCCGGAAAACCACCCGGCGUACGGCCCAGCUAACUACCAGGCUUCCAACCCCCCUUCGACGCCAACCUCCGUAUCCGCAGACAAAUGCCCCUCAACAUACCUCGGAGAACGGCGUUCACAGCCCAGCAGCCUUCACAGUAGUCAUAAUUCUCACAAAUCCGCGCUCAAAGAGGGACAGUCCAAAGACGCUCGCAGCAAUGAUAGUGGAAAAGCUCACAGUCAACCCAUGCGUGCCCAAAGCGCAUUCGAAAUACCUCGCAGCCACAGCAGUAUAAGAGCUCGCCGUCGAUUCGACUCUGACCUCGAGCAUCGCAGAGCAUCUUGCACCAAGAGUAGCGUACGAUCUUUUAGUCUAUCCAACUUCUAA